AAUACUUUUAAAACUGCUUCAAAAUUCAACAAAAUUGUCCAUAAUUUGGCAUUAAAUCUGUAAAAAUUCUUCCAGGAAUAAAACUGAUGUUAUGGAUGAACUUGCUGGCAACGCUGCGCCGGGAAAUUGGCUCUGCAAUAAAGAGUGGGUCUUCGCGGAGAGCAGGAGCAUAAAGUUCCGUUGUGGCAACAAGUAUCACAGAAGGCGCUUCGAUCCCGCACUGGAGGAGGGGCUACACAAGCGAAAGCGACUCACCCAACUGCCACUGGUGGGCGGUGCUCUGUUCCACAACGCACUGCACAGUCGCGAGGAGGCAACCACAAACGAAGCGGAACCACAGCCAGUCGACAGGAACAACAACAACGAUUCACAGGGUCUAGACGAUCCACAGGUGUGCGACAGCAACAACAACGAUACACAGGAUACAAAGCAGCCUGACAUAAUGGUACUGCCUUUCGGUCUUGGCCCUGACGGGCACCACGUGGAUGCCAUACACAGUGCGCCGGCGCCCAGUGCCCCGCCAGCGCACUCAAUGCCACCGCCAUAUGCGCGCGGACAGACGAACAUCUACACGGGCGUGCCCGUCAUUGUGAAUCCCUACAUCGACUUUAUUGUGGUGAACGGCGACGAUCGGUACAUGAUCCGCUGCGAGCGCAAGUCCGUGGUGGAGCGCAGCGUGGAGCUGGCGAAGCUGAUACACGCCGGACCCAACAGCGGCCGCAAGAGCGACAACCACUUUCAGAUCCUCAAUGUGGACAAGAACGACUUUGAGCUGAUUGUGCGCUACAUGGAGAAGCACUUUAUACCCUAUCGCGAUCACAAACACUUGCUGAAGAUCCUAGAACUAGCCGAUCGCUUUAACGUGCCCGAUUUGAUAAUUUACUGCAUUCGGGAGCUUGAUCUCAGAAUCUCCAGUGCCACCGCGCUGGACAUAUUCAAGGCGCUGUGGUUCUACCAGGGCAUAGCGCUGACCAACCAGCACCAGACAGUGAUCACUACCCAACAGAGUGGCCAACAAUUGGCCCGCAAGCAGGCCUCCAAGGCGAAGGCCGCUGCCAAGCAGCUGGCGGCAGCCAAGGCGGCGCAGGCAGGCGAGAACCCACCCGAGGGCGGGGAUGGGGCGCAGCUCAAUCUCAUACCCAAUCCGAAUCCCUUCACCACCGAAGACUAUGGCGUGGCGCUGCUCCACAACACACUCCAGCUGAUCGACAUGCACGCAGAGCUGAUGCUCUCGAUGCCCGAGAUCUGUGACCUGCGCUUCGAGGAGCUGGAAACUAUAGUCAAGCGCGACACACUGCAACUCCGCUCGGAGGUCACGCUCUUCGAGUGCCUGGCCUCGUGGAGUCUAGCGGAGUGUGCGCGCAAGAAUAUCUUUGGCACUGCCGAAAACCGACGCACAGUGCUGGGUCCCCUGUGCCUCACACCCCGCUAUCUGCGCAUGAGUGCCGCCGAGUUCCGGCGUUGCUGCGAGCGCAUCGAGCUGCUGCCACCAGUGGAAAUAUCUCUCAUCAGUGAUGCCUUGGAGGGCAAAAAGCUAAAGAACCUCACCGACCAGCAGACGGAGCUGAUGGAGAAGUUCCGCCAGCCACGUGCCGAAUAUGCCCGCAUGCCAGUCCAUCUCAGUGAUCGCAGCAGCCCGAAGAACUACCCCAAGAAGAUGCGGCGAGCGAACGAGGGGCGCUCCACGGAGGAGGGUUGCUGGGAGAAGCUCGGCAUGAAUUGUCUCCGUGUCUUUGUUUGCAUAUUCGACUGAUCCGAAGAGUCGGACGAUGAUGAUGAGGAUGAGGAUGAUGGGGAGGAUGAUGAUGAGGAGGAGGAGGAAGAGGACGAUCCCACAUAGACUUGUUGCAUUAACGAAUAUUAGCGCUUAUGAACUACAUAUAUACACGUACAUAUAUAG